UGAUUCCUCCUCCUCCUCUUGCAGGUGUCAGUCUUUAUUCUGUCCAGUAGGUGGGACUUUAUACUCGUCAUCCGGAGCAUCGCCGCUUUCAGCAGUACUUUCCUCCGGCUUGGACACUGAGAGCAUCUCUAUGAUGGACUGUGGAACGGAAAGUCGAGGGGAGUUGUGGCAUUUGCACUUGUUCUUUUGAUAAGGCGACCAGAUCACGAGCCCAACCUCGUGUGAUGUUCCCAGGCGCGCGCACUCUCAUGUAGCCAACGCGUUUAGAUAUUUAACACUCAGAUCUUCAUCAGCGAUCUUCAUCGUCCCAAUCUUCAUCAGCCCUGGAAGACGUCGAGUCGUUUAAGACCCAAAAGUCAUGGAUGUAUGGUUCUGUUCAGCGGUUCCAGUGUUCACCUGGAGGCUUCUUUUUCUUUCAAGCAUCUUCCAGGGUUAUUGGAGCUCCAUGCUCGAUUGUCCACUAACAUGCAGCUGUUCGCCCAUUGAAAUCUUUUGCAAUAAGUCCGACAGUGGAAAUUUCUUUCCUUUACUUGCUCUACAAGAUCCGGCGAGCAAUGGCAGCAACAAUAAUGACAUUGAAGAGCUCUUCAGGAACAUCACGUCCAUACACAUAGAGAACUGGACAGAACUGCAGAUUCUUAAGGAUGUCGACAUGGAAUUGUACACAGGACUCCAGAGACUGACAAUAAUAAAUUGCAGUUUACGGACAAUCCAGGCACGUGCAUUUGCGCAGAACCCUCACCUACGUUACAUAAACCUGUCCAAGAACCCUCUGACAACACUCUCUUGGCAGCUUUUUCAGCACCUUCAGCUGGUCGAACUGAGGCUGGAGGGGGUCGUCUUUGACUGCGGCUGUGAGAUCCGAUGGAUUCAGCUCUGGCAGCUGCGAGGUGAGGCCGGCCUGCACACCCAGCAUCUCUACUGCAAGAACGGUGCAAGCAAGAUUCGUCUGAGAUCAAUGAGCAUUGCCCAGUGUGACUUGCCAGAUAUCAGCGUUGCUCACAGUAACCUGACUGUGCUGGAGGGUGGUAAUGUGGUGCUCAGCUGUAACGGCUCUGGGUCUCCAGUACCUGAGGUGGACUGGACCGUGAACGGCCUUCACUCCAUCAACACGCACCAGUCAAAUGUCUACUGGCCCAACAUCCACUCCAUCAACCUGACACUGGUCAACGUGAGCAGAGAUGACAAUGGGUUUGUUCUGACCUGCAUCUCUGAGAAUGUGGUCGGGAUGACCAACGUGUCUCUUCAGUUGGCUGUGCUAUUUCCACCAGUAAUCCUGAAGCUGGACGAGCCAGUGCGGCGACAUCACACCUGCAUUGAGUUCACUGUGAGGGGCUUUCCCCAUCCCACACUGCGCUGGUUCCACAAGGGCCGCGAGAUCCUACAGAGCGAGUAUAUCCACAUGGAGAUGGAGUACUACCAAGAUUACUUGGAAGGCUGCUUGACUUUUCAGAACCCAACGCAUUACGACAAUGGAAACUACACCCUAGUAGCCUCUAACUCUCUCGGGUCAGUCACCAAAACCGUAUACGGCUAUUUCCUUGAGCCACCGUUCAUUGAGGAUGAUGGAAUAAUUGAAUACACUCCAACCCCUGAAGAUGAGGCGAAGAGUCCUGAAGAAGAUUCAUUCGGAAUGUCGAUUGCUGUUGGUCUGGCUGGUUUUGGCUGCGUCUUCCUCAUUGUGAUUUUUGUCCUCAUCAACAAAUACAGCAGACGCAACAAAUUUGGGAUAAAAGGGCCAGUGGCAGUCAUCAGCGGUGAGGAAGACUCUGCAAGCCCUCUUCAUCAUGUCAACCAUGGUAUCGUUACACCCUGCUCUCUCGAUGUGGGACCUGAUGCCGUGGUAAUUGGCAUGAGUCGCAUUCCUGUCAUCGAGAACCCGCAGUACUUUCGACAUGGACACAACUGCAACAAGCCGACCACUUAUGUGCAGCAUAUUAAACGGAGGGACAUUGUUCUGAAGAGAGAGCUGGGCGAGGGAGCUUUCGGGAAGGUGUUUCUGGCCGAAUGUUACAACCUCAGCCCCACCAAAGAUAAGAUGCUGGUGGCUGUGAAGACUCUCAAAGAUCCCACCCUGACUGCCAGAAAAGACUUUCAACGGGAGGCCGAGCUCCUCACCAACCUCCAGCACGAGCACAUUGUGAAGUUCUAUGGCGUGUGUGUGGACGACGACCCUCUCAUCAUGGUGUUUGAGUACAUGAAGCAUGGAGACCUCAAUAAGUUUCUGAGGUAUUUUUAUUGGGAUUUCAGUGGGAAAUAUAAAGCACAGGCUCCUUGGAAAAACGUGUUUCCAAAAAUGUACCUACAAAUGAAUUCACUGCAGUUUUCAGCUGAAAUUAACACUAGAGAUAGUAAAACGCCAACAACAAUUAUCCUUUUUCUAACAAAUUAUGAUUAUGAGGGCAGGUUAUUGAUUAAUAAAAUAUGUUAUGACAUAAAAAUGCUUGUACUAAAGUGCAUGAUUUGUAAACUAAUACAUUUUGAUGUUUGCAUCACAUAAGCUCUAUAUGUAUGGCUUUUUUAAUGUAGUAAACUUGCUUGGUAGACCACCUGGUACAGUAUUGCACUUGCAGGUCAGCCCUGUGAAAACACAAGUCGUGAUAAAACAGCUCAACGGUUGAUUUAGCAAAUGCGUUUUUUAUCUCAUGUUUACUUUUGA